CCAACCCAAAAACAAAAGAAAAAAGAAAAGUCCUCUAUAUAUCUUUCCCUUCAUAUUCUUCUAAUUUUCUUCCCAUCCAAACACCCACCCCAACCCUGCUCUUCUUUCCCCCAUACCAUAGAUGGGUUUUGAUGAUCUUUGUAAUACAGGCCUUGUUUUAGGCUUAGGUUUCUCAUCGGCUGCCGACAAUAUAUCGACGGCCGAUAAUUUGAGGCCUAAUUACAAGCCUAAGGUGACGAGGGCUUUUGAGCCCUCACUCACUUUGGGGCUUUGUGGUAGCGAUGAGAUUGAAAAUCAUGAGUUGUUAUAUCGGCAAGACAGUGCUGCGUCGUCGUUUUCGAAUGCUAGUGUGAAGAGGGAGAGAGAGAUUGGUAGUGAAGAGGCAGAGAUAGAGAUGACAGAGAGAGUGUCUUCAAGGGUAAGUGAUGAAGAUGAUGAUGGCACUAAUGCUAGGAAGAAACUUAGGCUCAAUAAAGACCAAUCUGCCCUUUUAGAGGAAAGCUUCAAGAUACAUAGCACUCUCAAUCCGAAACAAAAACAAGAAUUGGCAAGAAAGUUGAAUCUGAGGCCUAGACAAGUUGAAGUUUGGUUCCAGAAUCGACGAGCCAGGACAAAGCUUAAGCAAACUGAAGUAGACUGUGAGUUCUUGAAGAAAUGUUGUGAAACACUGACAGAUGAGAACAGGAGGCUACAGAAAGAGUUACAAGAUCUGAAAACACUGAAACUAACUCAACCCUUCUACAUGCAACUCCCGGCGGCUACCCUCACCAUGUGCCCGUCUUGCGAGAGGAUCGGUGGCGGCGGUGGCGGCAACGGUGGCGGUGAUAAUACUCCCAAGAACCCAUUUUCAAUGGCUCCAAAGCCCCACUUCUUCAAUCCCUUCACCAACCCAUCAGCAGCUUGUUAAGUUGUAUGCUAGUAUUUUAGUUAAAACAGAGACCCCCUUAGAACCCCCCCUAUCUUUUUUUAUUGGUAAAGGGCAAAAUAUUUAUAUAUAUAUAUAUAUAUAUAUAAUGAAAAAAAGUUAGUGUUAAUUAAAUUUUAUAGAAGAAUAGAAAUGACUAAUCAAUCUCAUCAUCCUCUUCUUUUUCUAA